UAAAUAAAAUAAUAAUAAUGAAACAAAACAAGCUUUAAUGGAUUCAUAAUCUAACGAUACUAAUAAUCAAUAUAUUUAUAAAUGCGAGGUGUUGCGACAGCUGGAUUCUGAAUGUCCUGUGAUAUGUGUUCAUUAAAUGGACAUUUGUUCUGCUGUAAUUAGACAUUCUAAACGCUUUGAAAUGAAAAACUAAAUUCAGCGUAAAUGUGUAUAAAUGAGUCGCGUCAUCGAUGGAGCGUCAGAAUCACCUUAUACACAGAGAUUACAGAAUCAUCAAGAAGAUCGGAGAAGGAACGUUCUCCGAGGUGAUGAAGGUCCAGAGUUUGAAGGACAGUAAACAUUAUGCCUGUAAAACCAUGAAACAGACCAUCAAGAGUGUGGAUCAGGCUCAUAAUCUGAGAGAAGUUCAAGCCAUGAAGAGGUUGAGUCCACAUCCAAACAUCCUGCAGCUUCAUGAACUCAUUUACGAUCGUGACACUGGAACUCUGUCGUUGAUCUGUGAACUCAUGGAGAUGAACAUAUACGAGCUCAUUAAAGGGCGGCAGAACCCGUUACCGGAGAGUAAAGUCAAACACUACAUGUAUCAGCUGUGCCGGUCUCUGGAUCACAUGCACAGUAAUGGAAUAUUCCACAGAGACGUGAAGCCUGAGAAUAUCUUGAUCAAAGAUGACGUGUUGAAGCUGGCAGACUUCGGUUCCUGCAGGAGCAUCUACUCCAAACCUCCACACACGGAGUACAUCUCCACACGUUGGUACCGAGCGCCCGAGUGUUUGCUCACAGAUGGUCAUUACUCUCAGAAGAUGGACAUGUGGAGUGCUGGAUGUGUCUUCUUUGAGAUCUUCAGUUUGACUCCUCUGUUUCCUGGACGGAAUGAGUUGGACCAGGUCAACAAAAUCCACGAUGUUCUCGGCGCUCCAGACGGUGCACUGCUGCAGAAGUUCAAACAGUCUCGUGCCAUGCGCUUUGAUUUCCCUCCUCGUAAAGGCUGCGGGAUUUCUCAGCUCAUUCCUCAUUGUUCUGCAGUUAGCCUGUCUCUGCUGCACCAGAUGUUGACCUAUGACCCUGACGAACGCAUCAGUGCGCGCACGGCACUGCAACACUCCUGCUUCAGAGAACUGCGGAUGGCUGAGAGAAAAGCGACAAGUCUGCGUAAGGUGAUCGGGGCGGUAGUGGGAGAAUCGAGCGGGACGCCCGCAUCUGUCGAUCAACUGUGGCGAAUGACACGACAGGGCAGAAGACAGCAUAUUAAAUUCGCUGGCGACCCUCUCAGCAGACGAAACGCUGCACAUCAUUACCCAUCAUUAGAGCUCCCGAAACUCAACGUUGUUGUCCCGACUCCAAAAAUCCUCUACCCAGUGUCCACCUUCCCAGCUCGGACCAUUUCACACCGCGGCUCUCUUCCUGCCAUCUCCAAAAAGUGCCACUCACGUCCCAAAGAAGAGACGCAUCGACUGAAGAGUUACUACAUGCCGCCGCUAGAGCGCAAUCAAGACGAUUACUGAAGUCUGAACACAACUGAUGAUGAAUGCACGUAAUAUUGCCACUAAAGGCCUUCGCUGCAUCCUACAGAUAUUAUAUUUGCUCACUUCAAUUAAAUAGGUUUAUUUUGUUCCAACACAUUGUUUUUCAUGUCAUGUAAUAUUGCACUAAAUGUCCUUGAGCACACACACACACGCACACACACACAGUUUUCAGAACAAUACUAGCUCAUAUGGAUUUAGUGGCAGAUCAAUGCAAACUAUAAUAACACAUCACCAAACAGAUAUUGAUUACUUCAGUGCAUUUUGUUUCUGACAUUCAUUCUACAUUAGAAUAUUUUAACUUGUCGAGCAGCUCCGACACAUGCCAAUGGUUUCUUUCACUGACUUCAAGAACUCUUUGCUCCUGCUGUUCUUUCAUAUGAAAUAUUUCAAGAGAUUGAAACAUGCAGAUUUUAUUGACUGUGAUUGGUUACAUAAGAGUUGACUGAGCUAAUAAGAAAUGCUGCAUUAGUUUGAUCAUAAAAGGGAUUUAAUUUGCAUUUGUUGCAAAUCACCAUGUUUUUACAACAUAUUGUUGUAGUCAUCUUAAAUUUGUAUUUCUUUUAAAUGAUUUCUUACUGUAUCGGUCACUGCUGUUUACUGAUCCACAGAACAUUUAAAACUAUUAGAUAAUUAAUUAUUGGUUUAUAUUUUACAUUGAUGACUUUAAAAUGUACCACAGUACAGAUAUUAAACUUUUGACAUGAAACUGCAAAGCUAAACAUAGAAAACAAGGUUUUUCUUUGUUGUGAUGAAGUAUCAAAUACAAAUAUGUUUUUGAAGGAAUGUUGAUUUACCUGCUGUUUAGGACCUGAAGUUGAUGUUAUGUGUUAAAACAGGAAAAAAAAACAUGUUUAUUCAACUAUACUGGACCAUCAAAUAAAAGGUAAAUGCCCAGUAAUAAAAGGAAUACUUAGUCUGGUGAAUUAAACAUCAU